AUGCCCGCGCUCAAGCCCUCGCUGCGCUUGGGCAAGAAGAAGCAUCGCUACCUCUUCACUGUCGAGGAGGCCUGGCUCGUCUGCGGCGGCGCGCUCCUCCAGCCCGCUCGGCCCGGCGUCCCGCCGACGCUCUCGCUCAGCUGGAAGUCGGGCAAGAAGACGGCGUACGGUGGGGCCGUGCGCGCGGGCGCCGCGGCGGACGGCCGCGCGGCCGAGUGGCGCGAGCCCGUCUCGCUCGCGUGCUCCGUCUACUCGAGCACGAGUCACGGGCAGAUGCGGCUGGAGCCGCGCAACUCCGACUUGACGGUGCGGGUCGAAGGCGGCGCGGCCAAGGCGAAGAAGAUCAGCGGCUCGCUCGACCUCGCGCCGCACGCCUCCUACUCGCGGCAAUCGACGACGCUCUCGGUCCCGCUGGCCAAGGGCGCCGCGACGCUGCACCUGCAGCUGACGUCCGCCUGGCUCAAGCGAGGGCUGGGCGGCGGCGACGACUCGGACGGCGCCUCGUCGUCCGCCGCGUCCGAGUCGUCGAUCGGAUCGUCGGUCGCCUCGUCGGCCAUGUACGGCGACGAGGACGGCCUCUCCGAGCGCGGCCUCUCCGAGCGCGGAGCCGACUCGGACGACUCUGCUGCGUCGGAGCGGACGCGCACUGGAUCGGCGGCGCGGGCGGCCAUCCGCGCGGCGAGCUUUGCGGCAGGUCGGAGGCGAAAGUGCGGCGACGCGGACAGCGCGAGGGCAGGAGAGCAGCACCAUCUCGGAGGCGGCGGCGAGGCGGGCGGCGAGGCGGCGGACGCGCUGUCGCGGGCGGCGGCGGCCUUCUCUGCCGGCGGCGGCGGGGCUGGCGGCGGCGGCGGCGGCGGCAGCGGCGGCCUGCUUCGGCUGGGGCGGCAGGUUGGGGCGGAGGAGACGGCCGGCGGCGGCGGGGAGGCGUGUGCGGUGUCGGCGCUGCUCGGCAUGGACUGCGAGGACGGCCGCUUCGGCCGGUUGCUCUGCUCGCGGCUCGGCUACCAGCGAGUCUCUGCGGGCCGGUGGGAGGGGUCCGAGGAGUCUGGCCUCGAGCGCGAGGUCGGCACGCUAGACAUCCCGUAUGGCGAGUCCUUCCGCGUGCAGGAGCGGUGGGUCGCGCUCGCUUCGGCGGCGGGCGGGGGCGGCGACGGAGGCGUGCAGCUGCGGGCGGCCCUGAUGGCGAGUAAGAUCCGCUCGCACGCGCUCAAAAAGUCGCGCAAGGCGGCCACGGCGGCGGCGGAGCUGCUCGCACGCGUGGCCUCGGCCGAGGAGGAGGAGGAGCAGCCGCCGCCGCCAGCCCCCCCCGGCGCCGCUUUCACCGCCGGCGCGGGCGGCAGCGGCUUGGGUGGCGCGGGCGGCGGGCGUGGCGCCGAGUUGCAGGAGCAGUACGACGCUCUGUUCGAGGAGGCGUCUUACCUCAAGCGGCGGUGCGCGCAGCUCGAGCGCGAGAAUGCUCGGCUCGAGCACGGCCGCCGCCACACGAGCAAGGACAAGCGGCAGCUCCUCGAGAAGGUGACGGAGCUCGAGGCGGCGCUGGUGGCCGAGAGGCGCAAGCGAGCUGACAUGGAGGAGGCCCUCGCCACCGCGUACAACGCCACGCUGCGCGAGCUUGUCGAGGCGGGCGCCGGGCGACCGAAUGGAGCCGGGGCGUCGCGGGCCGCCGCCGCCAAGCCCACUCGCCCGCUGAAGGGCACGCAGCGGCUUCGAGCGCUCGCAAGCAGCCCGCCGCCGUGA